CAUUGACAGUUGUAUUUGUGGUUAUACCUAUCUAUAGAUUAGUGAAGUUAUAACUCCAAAAACCACCACCAUACCCAAUCCUGGAAAAGUUGUUGCCUGUGAAGGAUGCCUUCAGCUGCGAAUCCUAAGUCCGAAAAGCCGGCCUCUUCGGAGGCCACGGACAAUACACCAGUACGACAAGUCUUGACGAUUAUUGAACAUAAAAUCCGUAAUUUGGAAAAAAGAAAGAGCAAGUUGACUUCAUACAGAGACUUGCAAAAAUCUGGCAAAGAACUAAAUGCUGAUCAGAAGAUAGCAGUUGCCAAGUAUGACGAAGUAGCUCAGACGUUAGAGUUUGCACGAGACCUCUCAAAGCAAAUAACAUCCAUAGCCGUCUCAACUGAAAAGGAAGCUAAAAAACAAGCAAAAAGGGAAACCUGGAUUCGCUAUGCGGCCGACACAAACAAGAUCCGUGAGGUCCUUCUCAUCUUGGAUUGCCUCACGCAAAUGGGCAAUGCAGAAGCCAGGGACGAUUUCCUGAACGGAACUAAUGGAGCAGCUAAAUUGACUGAGGAGGAUCUUAAAAUUCUUGAUGAUUUGUACCCUGAAGUGACGCCGAAACAUGAGGCCAACGAGGAGGGCCAGCCCGGAUUCCCCGUCCACACGACGAAGGCGGCCGAACACAUCUACGCCAUCAUCGACGGAAAACCGAAGGAAAUCCUGGGCACCACGUACGCCCACAUCAAGGAGAUCAUCAUGACCGUACACAGCUGCGGCUACUUCGACAAAGUCUCGGACGACAGCGGGGCUCCCUCGCCGGGCACGGAGGUGGCGCCGGAGGCGGCGCCGGCGGCCGCGCCCGCCUCGCCCGCGCCGCUCGCCUGCUGCGCGCCGCCCGAGCUGCCCGCCGCCUACCCGCUGCGCCCGCUGCCGCCCAUCACGCUGCAGGAGGUCGAGCACGCCUACUUCGCCCAGCAGUACCCGCAGCAGCGGCCCAUCGCCGAGGUCAUCGGCUCGCAGAACUUCUUCUUCCUGCAGGAGUCCGAGAUCGACAGCCCGGUCGGCACGCCGCAGCCGCCGCCGAUGAACCCGCCGUCGCCGCCGGGGCCCAUCCCCACGCAGACCUUCACCAACCAGCACUUCGUGCCGAUGCCGGAGCCGGGCCCGCUGCCGAUGCCGCCGCCGCACUUCCAGGCGCCCUACGUGCCGCUCGCCGCGCCGCUGCCGCCGCCGCCGCAGCCGCCCGCCGGCCCCGAGCCCGGCCGGCAGCCGCCGCAGGAGCGCCCCGAGGCCGACGAGCGCCGGCCCACCCCCGAGGCCGACGAGUGGCGGGAGCCCCGCAGCCCCGAGCGCGAGGACGGCGCCGAGCGCAAGACGCAGGGCCAGGGCGACGGCCAGGGCAGGUUCCGGCGGUACCGCGGCGGCGGCGGCGGCCGGGGGGCGCCCAACGGGUACCGCGGCCGCGGCGGCUACCGGCCGCACGACGGCUACCAGGGCCGCCACGCCGAGUACCAGCCGCGCGCCGGCAAGGACGGCCCCCCGCGGCAGUACAACGACAACUACCAGAGCCGGCCCAAGGACGGCUACCACGGCCGCGACGGCUACUACGGCAACGGCGACGCCGGCGAGCACCCGCAGCACGAGAACGGCCAGAGCUACGGCGGCUUCAAGAGCCGCGGCCGGGGCGGGCGCGCGCGGGCAGCUCCCCGCUCCGCCGCGCCGCGCGCACGCGCCGGCCCCGCGCAUGCGCACGCGCACCCCGGCCCCGCGCAUGCGCACGCGCACCCCGGCCCCGCGCAUGCGCACGCGCACCCCGGCCCCGCGCACGCGCGCAGCAAGGACCAGCCCGACCAGUGAGGCCGAGCCCGAGCCCCGCCAUAUAAACAUAUUCAUUUUCUGUAUGAAGGACUAAUUCGUUCGUGGAAGGCAGAUUUCACCGGCAACAACGCGCUGUGGUAACGACAAACGGAGAUUAUGGUAUAAUAAAAAAAUAAAUAAAAAAAAGAAUAAAAAAAAAAGUAAAAUAAUAAAAGAUGAAACUGAAUAAAAAUAAGUUACUUGAAUUUAGAUGUAUGAUAUAUGCAAUUAUAAUAAGUUACGUAAUUCUAGAUUCUAUAGGUAAUAGUCGCCGCGGUGGACGAGUGCCGCUCCGCCGAGCGCCGGAGCGCCGGAGCACACGGCUCGCCUGUAACUACCGGGACCUCGAUUCCAAAUCUCAUUUAUCUUUGUACUUUUCAUACCGUUCGUAUUAAUUCAUUACAUGUGUUACGAUGUUAAA